AUGCUCAUCGAGCCCAACAAGUUCAGCACAGAGUACUUCAACGACCUGCAGCAUGCUCCCGCGAGAAAUGAUUCUCCAGUAUCGAUAUCUCCUCCCACACUAGUAUCGGCACUGCGCCUAUCUCUCUCUUCUUUCGUGUCCACGCUGGUAAACUCAGGCAAGAAGUCCCAGCACGAGCCGGCUAUUCCCAAGACCCGUGAGAAGGACCAAAUGGAAUCGGAGCGUGUGUGUCGAUGGUCUGCUAGCCAGACUUUUCUCCCCUUGAAGAACUAUAACGACUCGCCUCUGUUCGUGGGAUACCGAGAAACUUCGCCUUUGAGCAUCAAGAUCAGACAAACCGUCGUCAACGUCUGCAACCACCAAUUGCAAACCGCGCCCGAUAUCACGACCGUCAGAGCAUGGCAUGCGGCGAAUGACAGGCACGCUUGGCGCUUCACAGUCGGGAUCCCAGACCCGGUUGACCGUACGAUCUCCAUGCAAGAAGACUUCGAAUGGUAUACGACUCGCCUCUAUCGACUGGAAGGCGACAGAAUGCCGCGAUUUGGUUCAUUUCUCAUCCAAGUCUCCACCCAGGACGUUGUGGCACGUCUUGAGCGCCGGCUGAGGAGAAGGAGGACGUCGAUCUUCUUCCCGGCCUUUGUAAUCUCUUUUGAAUCUCAGGGACGCUGGACAGGCUCGAGAUCUUCACCUCUACCAGACUCGACUCCCUGCGACCUCAUCAACCCCCACGCGCUGCCCCUGUCGAUCAUCACGAUGAGGACCUUCAGCCUCGCCGCUGUCGCAGCCUCCCUGGCCACCGUCAACGCGGGCACGGUCAUCUGGGACGGUCGGUUCAAUGACCUCUCCACGUCCGCAGACCUCAACAACUGGUCCUGGUCGAACCAGGUCGGGCCGUACCAGUACUACAUCCACGGUUCGGGCGCCGUCACUGAAUAUGUCAACCUGUCGCCGUCGUACAAGAACCCGGCCGACGCUGCGUCCAAGCAGGGCGCCAAGAUCACGCUCACCAACACGGCGUACUGGAACGGCCAGACGAUGCGCCGCACGGAGCUGAUUCCCCAGACUUCGGCGGCCAUUAACAAGGGAAAGGUCUGGUAUCACUUCUCCAUGAUGACGAGCGGCACCAACUAUCCGUCCAUCUACCGCGAGCACCAGAUCAACUUCUUCGAGAGCCACUUCACCGAGAUGAAGUCGGGCUGGAUCUCAGGCGAGGCCGCCACGAGCGACCCGAACCUUCAGUGGAUGGUUGGGGGCGUUAGCAAGUGGUCCACGAACUUCACUGCGGGUGUCUGGCACAACGUCGCCUACGAGAUCGACUUCAGCGCUAACACGGUCGGGUUCUGGCACUCGACCGGCUCAGACCCUCUGGUCCUCACCGUGUCCCCAGUCAGCGCCAGCACAAGCAGCAACGGCGCGGACUGGCACCUGGGCGUGCUGGAGCUCCCCAGGAGCGGGUACUCAGACAGCAACGAGGACUUCUACUUCUCUGGAGUGUACGUUGAGACCGGAAGCCUGACAACCGCCAUUGGAUCCGGAAGCUCAUCAGGCGGUGGCUCUUCCUCAUCUGUGUCCAGCACAGCGGCGUCCACCAAGAGCUCGACCUCUGCCGCCUCUUCCACCACCUCUAAGGCGCCGACUACUAGCACCGCCACUUCCGCAUCUGCCACGGCCACAGCCUGUACCGCUGCCAAGUGGGCUCAGUGCGGCGGCACCAACUGGACUGGCUGCACUGUCUGCGACUCUGGUAGCACUUGCACCAAGUCGAACGAGUACUACUCUCAGUGCCUCUAG